UUAGGAACCGAGACACCGCUCCUCUAUCCGUCUCCAGCGAUGUGUGGGCAAGAUGACAUUCUGCCCCUGUCAUCUGGCCACACCCCCUGGAUCACUCAACAGCUCCGCCUCCUCGCCGGUGAUUGGCCGCCAGAACUGUAGCUCAGGAGGGGCACACAGGCAGCCAAUCACUGGCGAGGAGGUGGAGCUUGGAGAGGAGGAGCCGAGUGGCAGCGCAAAAAUCAAAGAAGAUUGAGUGAGGGAGCUGCCAGAGCGAGUGAAGAGGAGAGCGGCUGGAGAAGGAAGACAGCUGAACAGUAAGUCUAGGUAUGCUGGCUGUAGAUCAGAGAGAGAGGGAGCGAGCCCAGGUUGGAGCAGGGGUCAGCAAGGUAAGUAUCAUUGGUCAGUGGGAG